UCAUCAGAAAAAAUGAAAAAUGUGAAAUAUUCUGAAUUAUUAUCAACCGUUAUGAUGUACACUGGUAAUGAAUGUAAUGGAUGCCUUGGAUUUUUUGUCACCUUUCCCUUGAUACAUCCAGAUCAAGUCUAUCCAAAUUCUACCACUAUUCGAUCGAUUGGCAUGGUAGUGAAAGACCAGGUAAUUAAAUGGGAUCAUCUUACCGGAUACAUGACCUUAAAGGGUACUGAGACCUUGUUUACCAGUCGCACUUGUUGUCAUGAGACCCACAACUAUGUUGUAUGUACAUGUAACACGUUACAACCUUUUUCCUCCAAUGACAGCAAGCUUAUAAAUGUUCAAUCGUUACACGGUCACUCUGAUGCUAUUCAGGUGUCUCACACGCAGUGGUGUGUCGUCAGUGAGAUGAAUUCCUUCACGUAUGGAGGACUGACCUGUCCUACUAACCACUCGUUUUGUUUAGAGGCAACUGAGGAUUUCUCAAUGGGCCAGAUUAACAUCCUUGGAAGGAUGCCACUGGAUGCAGAAAUUUCCCCAUGGUGGGAUGACACCUUCUAUGAACAAGGAACACAGGCCCUGGUUGACACGAUGGAUUUGGUGCAGAGAAUCAUCUCACAGACUGAAUACCACCUUUCACAAGCACAGGUAGAGACGAACCUGGCUCAAAAAACUGCAAAAAUCCUGUCCAGCUCAUCUACCCGUUCAGCCCUGAGUGCCUACACAUGGUGGGACUGGAUACUCCGUGGGUGCGCCGUUGGCAGUGCCCUCAUCUUCGCCUUCACGUUGUUCCAGUGCUGUUAUUUCAGAUACCUCAUCAGAUCUCUAAAGACAUCGACCAACAUGGCCCUGGUCCUCAGCCAGUUACAGGUGCCAGCACUACAGAAAGUCUGACGAUAGAAAAAAAUCCAGCAAAAGAGCAAACAGUUAUGUCCCCGCAGGAGCCCCUAUGAAUAGCCCACGGGGCCAAAGGGAGAUUUAACUGUAAGAUUAUUGAUGCCAUUUGGCUGGUUCAGAAGAAGGUCACAGUCUGAAAAAACAAGGAACUCUCACGAGAAUCAACAUCUGAACUCUGUCUCGCAAGCCUAAAGCAAUACACCCAACUGAGAGAAACAAAAGCUCCACACCUUCACUCUUCCCCUCUCUCCCCUCAUUUCCAUCUGAACACAGGACACUGCAGAGAUCACCAAAACCACUUUUCUUAAUCAGAGUUUGUAACAAUGCAACAAUUCAUGUUUGAUGUCGUUUGAAAGGUCUCUGUGUGUCUGGUAAAGGGGUCUCAUUCUCUUAACAAUAGAACAGGUAGCCAUAAAUAUUGAAAACAGACUACUCCCAGGUCUUUCACACAAAAUACCUUCUGUAUGUAAAUGAGGUACAGCCUCCCACAGAAAUCAAGAUAAUUCACUUGAAACCCCCUAAAGAGAUAUGCUAAAACGCUGCAAUAAACAGACAAUACCAUUUGGUAUCUAUGGGGUUCUUGUGGAUAUUUAAGGGAGAGUGACAAAAAGCUCAGGGAAUCUGUAGGCAGAUCUCCCGCACAUCUGUUGUGCGUAGUCCUCAUUAUCAGGUAACAUUUAUAUAUUCUCUCAUUUCGGUAUUACUGACUGUUUUGUAUGAUUGAUUAAUUAUUUGCUAUUGUUUGAUUGGACUUUGAAUUAUUACGUUGAUUACCUGAUUAAUAAAUUGUUAUGUUUGAAUUCAUUCUGAUUACUCUGAAGUUAUUUUUUCAAGUAGAUUAAGUGAAGGCGUAUGUUUCCGCAAAUCUGCGACCAGGGUUAAGUGCAUACUAAAUCUCAGGUUAGAUGGAGCAUGGGCACAUCAGGUGAGAUUAUAGGUUUCUGACUAACCGCUUGACCUUAGUUUAAGUUGUACUCAGUUACGUUAACCAUGUGUAUGAUUUCAGCUUUAAUUAAGUUGUACGUGGUUAUAAUAACUAUCGGGGUCUAGACUAAGGGUCUAGAAGAACCGCUGAUUAAUAUUUGGAGUGUUAAUUAAGUUGUACGUGGUUAUAAUAACUAUCGGGGUCUAGACUAAGGGUUUAGAAGAACCGCUAAUUGUUGUUUGAGCAUUACAUGGGUAAUUGUAGGGGGCUAAACAAACCUACUAUUUAAAGUAAAUAGUAUUAGCCACAAACCUCUGAAUAAGGAUCAAACUGGCGAGUUUGUGAUCGUGGAGCCCACGCAUAGCGGCCGCCGUGAGGCAUCCUAAGCGACAUAGAUUCCUAAUGAACGAAUAAAUAAAAAUCAUGGGUAAAACGGAAUGAUCAAACACUCACCUAAAUUUAAUGAGUAACAAACAACUCUCUUAACCCUUUUCAUUUUUGGAGUCAGAUGAAUAAAAGAGGUAAAACACAAGAAAAUGUAUUUAAUUUAAUAUUGUUGUGCUGUAUAAAAGGAAAGACAGCAACACGCGAGAAUCCUUCUACCGGAUCACUGGCUACCGUCGUUGGACCAGUGGGCGGACCUUACAGUGGUGACCAGCCUCCGUGAUCUCCCUACUUAGGCGAGAGACGUCUUUCCG